AUGGAAGGACCGAAAAGGUCAAAUUGGGCUGAUGAUAGUGAAGAGGAAUGGUCUGAAGAGGAGUCAGCUCCAAAAACUGAAGCUGCUCCUCAGCAGCAAAAACCCCUCACAGAAGCCCCACCCCAACCUGUAAAAUCUUUAUCAAGUCAGAUCGAAAGCUCUAAACCUCCAUACUGUUUCAAAUUCUGUAACAUUUCUUUUGAUUGCAAAAGCGAAAACGAUUUGUGGAGCUUUUUCGGUAUCACUGAGGAAGAGAAAGAUGAAGUUUACUUAGUGAUGGCUAGAGAUGAGAAAAAUAGAUUUAGAGGCAAUGCAAGAGCAAAGACAUCAAAUAAAGAAAUUGCUUUGAAAAUUGCUGAAAAAGAUAGAAAGACACUCAGAGGCAGAGAUAUUAGCAUUUAUCUGAGGGAAGAAAAUGGAGAAGGAGGUCAAGGACGAGGUAGAGGAAGGAGAGGCGACAGAAGAGGAUCAAGAAGAGGAACAGGGAGAGGUAGGUACCCACAAUCACAAAGGAACCGAUAUGAUAAUGAAGCUUAUGAGCCAAAAAUAGAAGAAAAACCUAAAGAAAGGCCUAAAAUUAUCAAUUCAAGCAAAAUUGUGAUAGCAGCCAGUGGAGAUCAACCUCAAAAAGUGGAAGAAGAAAAAUUACCUCCGCCACCACCUCCAAAGCCAAAAUCAAACCCCUUUGGAAAUGCAAAACCUAUUGAUACCUUGGCAAAAGAGCUAGAAUUUGAGAAGAAAAGACAAUUGGAAGCAGAAGAAAAGAAAAAAGAAGUGGAGCUAGAGCAAGAGGAGCCUGCAAAAGAGCAAGAAAAUAGCCAAGUUGAAGAAGAAAAACCUGCAGAGGUUGAAGUAAAAGCAGAGCCAAAAGAAAUUGUGAAAGAAGCUCAAGAAAGACCUCAAAGAUAUACUAAAAAGCAGCCAAGAAAAGAAUAUGAGCCUACUAAAACCGAAGAAAAAGCAGAAGAUGCAACCAAAGCUAAAAAGACAAGAGCAUGGGGUAAUGAUGAAGAAAGCAAAAAAAUCCUGGCAAGCGCUCCACCACCUGCUGAAGUCAAAGCAAAAGCUGAGACUUCAUACACUCAUGCAAGAUAUGACAAAUCUGGUGGAAAGCAAGGGAAAUACAGAGUCAAGCAGCCAAAGACACAGGAAAGUGCUAACGAAUAA